UACCCCUCAUUAGUUUAGUUUGUUUACAUUCAACAAGCCAAGGCUCAUAGUUUAGAGAAGGGAGCAGGUAAAAAGCCUCUAUAUAUAGCCCUCCUACUUUGCUUCAUCCAACAAAAACAUAUUUCAUUCUCAAUUCAACAUUUUACUAAACAUGACAUUCAUUGUCCUAAGCUUUCUCUUUGUUCUUUUGUCGUCUGCAUCUGCUUGUGAUCGUUGCUUGCAUCAAUCUAAGGCCACUUACACCUCCAAAAUCUCAUCUGGAGCUUGUGGAUAUGAGUCUUUGGCCAUGGGUUUUAAUGGAGGCAUGCUAGCUGGUGGUCUGCCUUCUCUUUUCAAACAAGGUGCUGGUUGUGGUGCCUGUUUCAAGGUAAGGUGUAAGAAUGCAGGACUUUGUAGGAGUGAAGGGACCAGAGUGAUGUUAACUGAACUUCAAGGUGAUAACAGAGCUGACUUUGUUCUUAAUAGAAAUGCUUAUGUUGCAAUGGCUCACAAAGGCAUGUCACAAAGCCUCGUAAACCUUGGAAUUGUUGAUAUUGAGUACAAAAGGGUACCAUGUGAUAACAAAUCCAAAAAUCUCGCUAUACGGGUAGAAAACUACAGCAGCAAGCCUUACUAUUUGGCCUUUACAGUCUUACAUCAAGGUGGCCAAACAGAGAUCAUGGGAAUUGAUUUGGCUCAGGUGGGCUCAAACAACUGGGCUUCUAUGAAGAGAAACUAUGGGGCAGUGUGGGACACAAAUAAGGUGCCAUCAGGCCCACUAAAGUUGAGGUUUUUGGUGAAAUCUGGAUACAGCACCAAGUCUAUUUUGACCCAAAAGGUCUUUCCUGCUGACUGGAAAUCUGGGGUGGUUUAUGAUGCUGGUAUCCAAAUCGUGGACAUAGCCCAAGAAGAAUGCUCUGUUUGCCAUAAAUCCAAUUGGUAAAUAAAUGCUACGUUCUUAAAAAGAUUUAGGAACCAAUCCAAGAAAGAGGCAAUAAGAUUAAAAUAAGUCUGUACUCAAAUAUUUUCUUCUGUCUACGUUGUAAAUUUCUUCAUGUUGUUAUUUGCCAAGGUUGUAAGGUUUGUACGGCCGAUGAUGUUUCCACCAUGUAACAAAUCUUAUGUCAGCCAAUAAAACAUAUGCUUACCCAGUUA